AUGGAUGAUGAGGACUUUGAUACCGGGAUCUUUCAGGAGCCGGCAGAUUUCGCCCCUCCAAAGCCCCCGACGUUACAGAAGCAUCUGCUGAAGUCGGGCGAUGAAGUGCCCAUCCACCUCGUUGGCUACAACUUGCGCGAGGGACACUACCUAUGGAACGGAGCGCGGUGGAUAUCAACGUGGUUCGAGGAGAACCUCUCAGAGAUCAAGGACCGAACUGUCUUUGAGCUGGGCGCAGGAGGCGGCCUGCCGAGCAUUGUGGCCGCCAUCCUGGGGGCAAAGAAGGUGGUGGUCACAGACUACCCGGACGAGGACCUGCUGGUUAUGAUCAGGAAGAACAUCGGGGAGUCGGACGCCCUGAUCCCUGAGCCAAAGGACCGCAUCGUAUGUGAGGGCUACGAAUGGGGCGUGGACCCUAGCAACGUGCUUCAGCACGUCAAGUCCUCGGAGUCAGCCAAGGGGGCGGAAGGCUUCGAUGUCUUGGUCCUGGCAGACCUCCUGUUCAAGCACCCACAGCACGAGAACAUGGUCAAGACGAUCGAGAUGACUUUGAGCAGGAAGCGCGACAGUAAGGCUCUGGUCUUCUUUACGAGUUACCGCCCCUGGCUACAGCAGGCAGACCUGGCCUUCUUCGACCGUGCGAGGGACCACGGGUUCCUGGUGGAAAAGAUCUUCGAGCAGAGGCUGGAGAAGCCCAUGUUUGAGAACGACCCCGGCGACCUGGAGAUCCAGAAGCUCUGCACCGGAUGGAAGAUCUGGUGGCCGGAGGACAAGUGCGUCGCCUAG